AUGGGUGAGGCCGCCUUCUCCGUGGACUUGCCGGCCCAGCCUGCCAGCGAGGAGCAAAGGCCAGCGGGCAGGCCGCACAUCUGCUGCGUCCCUCCUCCGCGGGCCCCCACCUGCUUCAGCCGGAGUCCCCACCUGGCCAAAGCAAAGCCCAGAGAGGGAGCCGCUGCCGGGGGCCAGCUCCACCCCAGCAGCCUGGGCCGAGAGGAGCUGGAAGACACCAAACCCCAGAAGCUGCCCAACGACCGAGCAAGUCCCGCUCCCGAGGGCGGCUGGGUGAGCGCGGACGAGUCCUCCGGGUACGAGAGCGAAAGCGCUUCCUCCUGCAUCCCAUUCUCGCCGGGGGAGGACGAGCACCAGCAGCGCAGGGCGCGGACCGCCUUCACCCAGGAGCAGGUCGGCAAGCUGGAGAAAACCUUCAAGCGGCAGAAGUACGUGGGGGCGGCGGAGAGGAGGAAGCUGGCGGCCGCUCUUCAGCUGUCCGAGAUUCAGGUCAAAACCUGGUUCCAGAAUCGCAGGAUGAAACUUAAGAGGCAAAUACAAGACCACCAUCAUAAUCUCAUAUCUUCAGAUCCCUUCUAUGGCUAUAAGCAAGGGACCCCACCAAAUAUGUUACAGGAUUAUUCCCGCUAUCCUAGUCCACAGCAACAAAGACUUCUGCCUUUUACUCCUAAUUGUGCUUUACAAUUCAAUUCUUCCUUUCAAAUAUAUGAGGCCCAAAACCCAUCAUACCCCAUUAGGGCACGUGAUCUGCCUUUUUUCCACCAACACUUUCUACCACAAUUCUCUGUCCAUCCAUUUAUACAGAACAAAAUGGAAAACAAACAAUUUAAUCCUCUUCAAACAUUAUAA